GAUGACGGCCAAGAAGAAUCAGACCCUGCAGGAUGGAAGUGCCAAGGAGAACGUGCUGCAGCGGGUCCUGCACCUGCCGGUGGUCAGCUCGACCUGCGAAAGCCUGCAGCGGACCUACGCCAGCACCAAGGAGGCCCACCCGCUCAUGGCCUCCGUGUGUGAGGUCUACGAGCGGGGCGUGCAGGGCGCCGGCGCCUUGGCCUUGUGGAGCGUGGAGCCCGUGGUGCGCAGGCUGGAGCCCCAGUUCACUGUAGCCAACAACUUGGCCUGCCGGGGCUUGGACCACCUGGAGGAGAAGAUCCCUGCCCUGCAGUACCCCGUCGAGAAGCUCGCCUCCGAACUGAAGGACACCAUCUCCACCCCGCUCCAAAGCGCCAAAAGCACCAUUGGCAACUCCGUGGACAAGAUCCUGGGGCUGGCAGCAGAGGGCUACGAGGCGACCAAGAGCACCGUGGAGACCACGGCCAGGUACACGAGGAGCAACUCGGUGAGCCAGAUGGCGGCCGCCGGCGUCGACACGGCGCUGGGCGGGCUGGAGAAGCUGAUGGAGUACCUGCUGCCAGAAGAGGACGAGGAAGCAGAUAAGAAGCCCAAAGAGACUCGUGGGCCAGCAGCAAAGAUCUCCCAGAGGAAGCCCAGUGCUCCCAGAGCUCCCAGCGCUCCCAGUGCUCCCAGUGCUCCCAGCGCUCCCAGUGCCCCCAGCACCCUGGGCCGGAUCGGAGCCCUGGUCAGCACCGUCUCCCACCGCGCUUACCAGCAAACCACCCAGAGCCUCCAGCGUGCCAAAACCAAGGGGCAGGAGCUGGUCACCUGGAUCCCCAUCGUGGGCAGCCUUGCCAAGCCGAGCGCACCCCAGGCACCACAAAGCCACGGUGAGGGGCAGGGCACUGCGGGCGGCUGGCUGAGCCGGCGGCAGAGCAAGGUGCCGGAGCAGAAGCAGGAGAAAGCAGGGAAGAAGGAGGACAGCCACGCUGGUGAGGCAGGGGAUGGUCCUGGGCUGGUGGGCAGCGUGGCCCACAACCUGCAGAGCGCCUGCGCCUCCGGCAUCUCCAGCGUGAAGAAGGUCCCUGCUGUGGCCUGGGACGCGGCCGAGGGCUUGAUCCUGUUCACCCCCCGCAGGCUGUCCAGGGCCAUGGAGACGGUGGAUGCGCUGGGGGGGACCCUCGUCAGCGCCCCCAAGCAUCUGCUGGGCACCCUGUACAGCUACGUGCCGCUCCGCAGGCAGUCGGUGAAGGACGAGGCGGCGGCGGGGGGCAGCAAGGCCAGCCCUGAGCCGGAGCAGAAGGAGGAGGAGGACGGCAAGCCUGCCACCGCCCCCGCCGAGGAGAAGUCCCAGCUGAGGGGCGACUGGCGGCUGUACCGCGGCCACCACCCGCUGUCCUUCCUGGGCCUGGAGGACCCCCUCUUCAUGCGCCACAACCUCUACCGCAGCCCGGCCUUCGAGCCCGAGUGCCCCCUGCCGCGGAAAUCCGCCUUCGCCCCCUACAACCGGCGCGUGAGCGAGGGCUCCUACCGCUUCGGGCCCGAGGCCAUGUACAGCCGGGCCUACUACGCCAACCUCUACAGCCCGGCCUUCAAGAAGGACUGAGGAGGUGGUGGUGGGGGGCACACAGCUCAGCACCCCACAGCACGCUUUGCCCCGCCACUACCCGCGUCCCCACACGGACACAGACAUCGGUGUGACAACGAGCAGGGACGUCCCUCCCACCCAGGGGGUGUCUCCAUGCUCAUGGGUUGCAUCCAUGGUUGUGUCCUGAUGGGGUGUCAGCCCCUGUCCCCAAGCUGCAGCCCAAGCAGAUCAUAGGGAACCCGUGGGUGCUUUGCCCUGUGGUUGUCCCCGCCACGCACACCCCCCCCCGCAGACACAGGAGGGUCCUCGCUCUGCCCCGUGGGGUGGCUCUUCCCUGGGGAGUGCGCUGGGGCCAGGAGGGGGAGAGCGAAGGCAGCCAAAAUGCUGCUGUUGGAGGGAGAAGUAGGUGGAGGAGAGACCAGAGGGGACCAGAGAAGGGAAGGAGAUGUGGAAAAAAAAGCAGAAAGGGACCAGCUCUGGGCCACCCUUGGUGUCCUUGUUGAGGGUCGGAAAUGAGGCCGGUGACAGUGGGCGGAGUGCCUGGACCCCCUUCUCCUGCGGUUCUGCCCCACUUCCCGCUACUUGUGGUUGUAUCUGCUGCUGUAAUAAACCUUCCCUACCUGC